AUGGAGGUGGUCUGCUUGCAGCCACCAACACCCACCUUUGCGAAGAACACUGGUGCGGACUACGACGCGUCAGGUGGUGAAGCACUUAAUGGUCAGUCUUUUUUUAACAAGCUCCUGUGCCGUCGCUGGAUAUUGGAUAGAUAUUUGGCAGGGAUGGGAGUAGACAGGUUGGGAUUUGGAGGUGUCGAUCCUCUAAAGCGCAAAGCACGUCCACCAUUGUGA